GACGUUUAAACCCCAAGAUGAUGGAAGUGGUAAAGGCAGAAGUCCUGAGGCUUUUGGAUGUGGGUAUAAUUUACCCAAUUUCAGAUAGCCAAUGGGUUAGCCCUACUCACGUGGUCCCCAAGAAGGGGGGUAUGACGGUGAUUCAGAAUGAGAAGGGGGAACUCCUACCUAGUAGGACGGUGACCGGGUGGCGGAUGGUCGUUGAUUACCGUAAACUAAAUGAAGCCACUCGGAAGGAUCAUUUCCCCUUACCUUUUAUUGAUCAGUUGAUUGAGAGUUUGGCAGGGCAUGCUUAUUAUUGUUUCCUUGACGGGAUGAGCGGGUACUUUCAAAUACACGUUGAUCCCGUUGACCAGGAAAAGACCACUUUUACUUGCCCAUUUGGGACAUUUGCAUUUCGUAGGAUGUCUUUUGGUCUAUGCAAUGCCCCUGCCACAUUUAUGCGUUGCAUGAUUGCUAUAUUUGAGAAGUUUAUUGGUGAUUUUAUGGAGGUUUUUAUGGAUGACUUCUCUAUUUUUGGGGAGUCAUUUGAUGAAUGCCUCCAUAAUUUAGAGAAAGUGUUGAUUAGGUGUGAGGAGACCCACUUGGCCUUGAGUUGGGAAAAGUGUCACUUCAUGGUCAAGGAGGGUAUUGUGCUAGGUCAUAAGGUGUCA